GUGUGAGUGAGGUGUAUGGUUGAUGCGACAAGUAGUUCCAUAGCUACACAGACUAAAUGACCAAACAGUCAGUGUAAAUAAAGCAGACUUCCUGGGAAAGUGGAAUCUCAAGAGACGUAUGGUGGAGCAUUAGGCUAGCUGGCAGCGUUGCUUCUGGACCUCUAAGCUACAACCAAAUAUCAUCCGACAAGACCUCUGCAUCUUGGAAAGGAACUGUGAUAUACUCGGAAGCUGUGCUUCAGUCAGGGCAGCACGAGAGAGAGAGAGAGAGAGAGAGAGCAAGGAGCGAGGGAACGUGCAAGAGAGAGAGAGAGAGAGAGAGAGGGAGGGAGAAAAAAAGAGAGCGCGAGAGUGAGUGGAGGAGAGCAAGCGAGAUAGGAGGAGAAAAUUCUGCUGAAAGGAAGCAUUUUUGGUGGAUGGGAUAAAAGCAACCAUGGAAACUACAUCAGAAGAGAACCAAGAGCAGAGCCAGGAGAAAAAAGGUUGCUUUGAGUGCUGCAUCAAGUGUUUAGGUGGGGUGCCGUAUGCGUCACUGGUGGCUACGAUCCUGUGUUUCUCUGGCGUGGCCCUGUUCUGUGGCUGUGGCCAUGUGGCCCUCACCGGCACCAUCAGCAUCCUGGAGAACCACUUCUCCAAGAUCACCUCUGACCACGCCAUGCUGACCGACGUAAUACAGCUGAUGCAGUACGUCAUCUAUGGCAUCGCCUCCUUCUUCUUCCUCUAUGGGAUCAUCCUGCUGGCCGAGGGCUUCUACACCACCAGCGCUGUCAAGGAGCUGCACAGCGAGUUCAAGACAACCAUUUGCGGGCGCUGUAUUAGUGGGAUGUUUGUGUUCCUGACCUACAUCCUGGGUAUUGCCUGGCUGGGAGUGUUUGGUUUCUCCGCCGUGCCCGUCUUCCUCUUCUACAACAUGUGGUCCACCUGUGCCGCCAUGAGGUCACCAGUCGCCAACUUCACCAACGUGGACUCUAUCUGCGUGGACGUUCGUCAGUACGGUAUCAUCCCCUGGAAUGCUACACCAGGCAGGGCUUGUGGGUCCACACUAGGAGACAUCUGUAAUACUAGUGAGUUCUACCUGUCCUACCACCUGUACAUUGUGGCAUGCGCUGGAGCCGGGGCCACCGUCAUUGCUCUGAUCCACUUCCUCAUGAUUCUCUCAGCAAACUGGGCCUACCUAAAGGACGCCAGUCACAUGCAUGCCUACCAAGACAUCAAAAUGAAGGAAGAGCAGGAGCUGCACGACAUCACGUCUCGCUCAAAGGAAUGUCUCAAUUCCUACACAUAAGGAUUACGCCCUCGUCCACCUCUUACACCUCUAUCACACACACACACACACACACACACACACACACACACGCACACACACCUCCUGUAACCUGCCCUCACGCAGCGCAGUAAUACAGCUCCUAACAAACUAAAGCAUCAAUGUCGCUUUCUGCAACUAACUAACCAAGACGUGUCGGAAGCUCUUUUGUGUUUUGUAUGUGAAUAUAUUUUUGUUUUUCUAAUUGUCGAAUAAGAAAAAUAUGCAGUUUUGAAAAAUUAUUUUGAUCUGUUCUUUUUUUGGUUUCUUCCUAAUCAGUCUUUGCUGGUGAACCUUGAAACAUUGCACUAUUCUAACACAAGAACGUAAAGAAAUAGUGAAACUUGUUUUAGAGUGUUCUGUUCUGAUUCUGGCCUGACUGUUGGCCAUUUAUGAAUAAGGGAGAGCAGGAAGUUCGUGUCAGCGAGAAGAGAAUCCGAUUUCUUUUUUUUAAUCAAAGAUGCAGUUUUGAUAACACUUCAUAGCACAACAUGAAACGCCUUACAAAAUCAGUUAUAUUAAAGUAGUGCAAUGUGUUGUUUUUAAUUGCACACAAGUUUGGUCCUCCUGGCUUUGAAUGGAGAGAAUAUAAGGAAGAGAAAUAUGAAGGCACAACAACAUUCCAUUGUAGAACAGAACAUGCAUUUGUUGGCUUCAUUGACAAUUUAUGUUACCCCUCUGCCCAUUGAAACUAUGUUAGGUUUAGAUUAAUUUUCUCUUGAUAGUAGUUUUCCUAUUUUAGGGCUGACAUUUAGUUUAAAUAGGUAUGCUAAUUCUAGUUACAUUCGUCACAUACAUAAAUAAUGAUGCAAAAUACUAAUUCCCUCAGGUGUACAAUAGUGGGCCUACGUAGGUACACUUUAUCUACAUACAUAGGUAUUUUACUUAACCACGUGCCCAUGUGACUGUAAGCGAAACCGUGGUGGUUUCAGAUUUUUAGUUUUAGUACAUUUGGAAGGGAGGAAUCCCUUAGACUAAAAUACAUGCAAAGGUUUUUUUCUUCUCUUAGAGUUUAAAAAAAAAAAAAACUCUGGCAAGUGAAUGGUGCCAAUAACAAUUCUACUGUUAGACUGACCAAAAUAGUUCAUCUUAAUACAUCACCAAAGUGUGAUGCCAUGGGUAAUAAUUAGUAUCAUUUUUUUUUUUUUUUUAAAUGCAGCAAUUUAAAAUGUCAUGGUUAAUGUCUUUGUGAGAUGAAAAAUAAAUGUCAAAUUUGACAGUAGAGUAUGAGGAUGGUAUACUACCCUGUUGGACAGAGGGGCAUGUAUAUCCAAAGUAUUGGUGGGAUGAAUAAAUGCUUCCUAUUGUAUAGUGUAUGAUCUCCCACAGUUCAUUCCAAAUUCCCAUGUGACUUGAAAUUCCCAUUUGCGAUUUUUAAAUGUUCAUCCCUAUAACUACAAGAUACAGGAUGCUUCCAUUAUACUUGGUUGAGAAACAGACUGUCUGUAACGAAACAUUCAAUAUAACAUGAUGUGCUUUGUUACCAUGGCAGACCUUACAACUUAGACAGUGCAAGUAAAAUGUGUGAAUGUUAUCCCUUCUACAUCCAGGCUAACUCAGUCUUAGGAUGUGGAUCUACAAACAAAAUCUGUGCUUGUAUGUGUACAAUGUCAAGAUGUUACAAGUCAGGAAUCUUUUGGUGAUGUUUCAAUCUUGUUUUUUUUAUUGAAUAUACCACUUAAAAAAGAAAAAAAGUUUCAAAACCUCUUGAAUUGCAUCUCAGCAUUGUUUUUGACAUGCAAUUGUUAAAAUACUGACAAGUACUGAUGUAAUCGUUUUCUUUUAGGUAGAGAAGACACAGGGAUAUUGAUGUUAAUUCAUUAUUGCAUGAAGGAGAAAACUGUUUCUGCAGUGAUACAGGUGAUGUGUAGUCAUAUGUACUGACAACUAUCGUAGGCAGUGUUUGCCUGUUUCCUUUUUUUUUCUAACAAAAGAACCAAUUAAUCCAUUGUAUGUCCAUUGUAUGGCAUAGUAGUCCUAGGUGUUUCCAAGUCUGACGUAUGUGAAUCCUCUAUAGUAUUUUGUAACCUAAUAGUGUACCCCAUUUUUUUUCUAUGAGUGUUAAGGGCUUCCUUGUGAAUUUAUUUCAGUUGAUACUUAAUGCAUCACAGUAUUAUGAAUAUUAAUCAUCACUCAUCACCAUAUAAUUGAAAAUGGCAAUCUCACCAUGAAUGGAAUACAGUUCAGCCAAAGUUUAAGCCACUGUAAGUCUUGAUUGACAACAUCUUGUUUUGUGAACAAAGCGGUCUCAGAAAUAUUGUAGAACAGAUGCAAAAGCGGCCUGCAGGAAGAUGACUGAUGUGAAGUGAAUGACUUUGAUCAUGCAGUCUCAUUAUACAGUGUUUCCUGUGUAUAAAGUACCAAAAAAAUUAUAGAAAUCAAAAUGGCUACUGAUCAAUCCCCAGGAGGACACCAAUCCAACAUCCUGUCUGACUGGGAUCCCCUCUGACAUCUCUCUCUCAACAAGCCUGUUAACUGUUUUUAUGAAAAUAAAGAAAUACAAAAUUGAACUCCA